CGAUUGGGCCCGACCGCGAUUUCUGCGGACCCACGGCACGGUCGUCUCGCCGGUGGCCUCAUUCGUGGUCGACGCGGCAGGACGCGGUCUCAAUUAUAAAGUGUACAAUUGGGAAAUAUAGCCUACCAAACUUUCCAGCAUUACGAGGGAGUUAAAUGACUCCACAGUGACUGGGAUAGUCCAAGGAAUUGACAAGCCGGGCCAUGUCAAAUGCCACGAUUAGAGCCCGUCGAUGAGCGCAACGCUUGCACCCUUUCCGGUUCAGUGCUUUACUCGUGGCGACGAGCUCGUCCUCGACGCAAAACAAUGUCGAGAACCAGCCUGCCCAGCUCGAGCGCCACCUCAGGCUCGAGCUUCAUGCCCCGCUGGUUCGCUGAGUCGCACAAGGCUGUCAUAGUCGUCUGCGAACAGAGCAUUCUGGAGUUGGUUUCGUCGCUGAGGGCAAUUGGCGUGGAGCCCUACGCCCGGCCGCCUACUCUGCGGCCGCCCGACGAGCCGCCGGCGCCGGGAGCCGCGGGGCCGGCCUCGGAGCCAGGCUCUUCGGCGUCGUCAGCGCCGGACGUCGGCCGCAGCCCGGUGAGGCAGUGGGUGGACGACUGGGCGAGAUUCCGCGGGGCCACGGAGGCGUACCUGAACCAGUUGAGGGAGCAGCUCAACUGGGCGCAGCAUCAGGCAGAGUUGCGCGCCCUCAACGAGCGGUUGCAAGCUGCUGAGCGGGGGCGGGCUCAGGCGCAGCGGGAGGCGGCAGCGGCAGCGGCAGCGGCAGCGGCAGCGCUGGCGGCGCCGGCCCCCAAAUGCUGGUGCUGGCCCUGGCGCUGAUGGCCCCCCGGCCCCAGGUGGCUGCAAGCCAGACGAACCCGCGGGAGCUCCCUACCCCCUACCCGCCUUGGUGCCCUCCCCCCCACCGCUGGGUAUCGUGCCGGCCCCGCUGGCGCCCUGCCGGGCAGCGCCCCUGCCCGCUGGCGCUCCGCUGUCCAUGGCUUCGCGGCAACGCCCAACGGGUGGUGGGAAUGGCAUGCGUGGCAGAUUAGGCCGUGCGAGGGAUGGGCGCGGCGGUUUGGGGAUGGCGACGUGUUGCCGAGGCGACGUGCGGCCCACGUGCCGGCGAUGGCAGUAUCAGCGGUGGCAGGGUGGGGCGGAGAGCGGCUGGGGUGGCUGAGUCUGGCCGCAGCCGUGGGCAGUCUCAGGCUGGCUGCCUGCAUGCAAUGGGGUGCGGGGUUGGGGCGCGGCAACUGCAGCAGCCGGUUGCGAGGGUGGAAUCACGUGGGCGCCGUAUCUGCGUGCAUGGCGUGCAUGGCGCAUGCGGGGCGGGCCCUGGCCCGGUACCGUCUGUUGACAGUACGCCUCCCCCCCGCCGGGCCUCGGUCGCGGUUACAGCGAAGUAAGUGCUUAUGUGUGGCCGUUGCUGCGUUGUAGUUGAGAACUUGGGAUCCGGUGCGUACUUUGUGUAUGUUGUUACUUGAACUACGUAUUUGAAAGGCUGCAGACUGACCGCGAGGCAGCCGCCGGGAGGUAUGUAUAUGGUAUGGGGGUGAGCAGGACCUGUGCAUGGGUGCCAUGUGGUGUUGCAGUGAGGUCACAAGGCAUCGAUGCAUCUAUCCUGCAUGUAUGUCAAGGCAAUGAGCAAGGGGGCAUGGGCCUGCGUUGGCCUGGUCCACCGGCCGGCCGUUGGAUGGAGUCUUGAGGUAGCAGCCAUGCAGGGGUGUACGCUCUGGUGUUAGAUAGCCUUUCUGCUUGUGAGCUACAUACAAGGGGGCCAGAAGAUGUUGUGGUUCAAACAAGGGGUGCCAGCUUCGUACAGCUGGAAAAUGGGCUGAGCCCCCGUACGCUUGGGAGCUAAUAGGCGUGUAACGCCCCGUCAGA